GAGGAAAGGAGAGAGAGGGAGACAGAGAUCUUCCAUCCACUGGUCACUCCUCAAAUGGCUCCAAUGGCCAGAACUGAGCCAGGCCAAAGCCAGAAGCCAGGAAUUUCUUCUGGGUCUCCCACACAGGGUGGCAGGAAUCAAGCACUUGGGCCAUCUUCCACUGCUCUCCAAGGUGAAUUAGCAGGGAGCUGGGUUGGAAGUAGAGCAGCCGGGUCUCGAACUGGCACCCCCAUGGGAUGCUGGCACUGAUUCUUUUUAAAAUCCUUGUAAAAUGAUCAUUCUUAAUAAUGGGGAAAUCUUUUUUUUUUUUUGAACUUUAUUUCAUGCAGAUAUUGAACCUCAGAAUUGUAUUUCAUUGAGUGGAAUUUUAUUUACUUGAAAGUCAGAGUUACACAGAGAGAAGGAGAGAGAGGGAGAGGGAGGAGAGGUCUUCCAUCCGCUAGUUCACUCCCCAAUUGGCUGCAACGGCUGGAGCUGUGCUGAUCUGAAGCAAGGAGCCAGGAGCUUCCUCUGGGUCUCCCACAUGGGUGCAGGGGCCCAAGCACUUGGGCCAUCUUCCACUGCCUUCCCAGGCCCCAGCAGAGAGCUGGAUUGGAAGUGGAGCAGCUGGGACUUGAACCGGUACCCAUAUGGGAUGCCAGCACUACAAGCGGUGGUUUUACCCACUGCACCACAGCCCCUGAGUGGAAUUUCUUAAUACGAUUUGCCUACUGAUUGCAAUUUCAAGUAUUGUGUAUAUUUCUUAGUACCUUCACAAGUCUUUUUUUUUUUGACCACUUUUUACUUGUGUCUGAUGUUAGAACCUGCUUUCUGGGAGUGUUUCAAACAGUUUGUGGAAAAAUGGACUUGAAAGACAAGUUUACUUUGUUUCAAAACAUUUUGAAAUCCUUGCAUAGUUUUUUUUUAAUAACUAAACUUCUUGAAGAACCCUCAUUUGCCACUUUUCAGUCUUAAAUCUCUGAUCUGUGUGCGUAUUUCUAACAAACUAGUCUCCUAGAACCAUUGCCUUUGUCGUGUGGCCUCCCUGUUUAUCAGUCUACAAAACCCCACUGCCCAUAGCCUCAGAGAGGCACUCCUUAGGCUGGAAUGCAAGGUCCUGUGUUUCUUUUUGAACCUUAUCUCCUGCUAGUGUAUGCAGUACCAAGCCUGUGUCUUGGCCAGACCUGCCUCCCUCCCACCCUUUAAAAGUUUAUAUCACCUCCCACCCUCUGAGCUGGCCCUUGAAGUCCAGCCCAGCUACCCUGCUUGCCUUUCAUAGCCUUUAACACAUCUUUGGAAUCCAUGAGUCCAGUUUUAACUUUGCUCCCUCCGGAAGUAGCUAAGUCAGCGUGAAUCUCGUCUUUGCGUUCCUGGAUUCCUCUACCUGUGGUUGUCUUUUCCAGUCAUUUGGGCACCCAAGAAAACGCUGUCCCCUUCUCUGAGGAUUCUUGAGUGUGUAUCCAUCUGGAAUCCUCGAAGACUCUGAGCACCUUCCUGGCACCAGCCCCUUCUUAAGGACAGGAAGUGUGUCAGCUUGGCAGUGUCUAGGGGACUGCACGAUUGUAACUUCUGGUUGAAUAGGGUUCAGUGUGGCACCUUUCCUGGAAUCCCUCUCUUGGAGGCCACAUCAUAGCACCUUGCUCGUUGCCAUGGUUUGUUUCCCAAAGGCUCAUGGGAAGGAUGCUGGGUCCUCAGUGUGCUGGUGGAACCUCCAAGAGGCAGGCCCAGCCGGAGGUCAGUCAGCCAGUGAGGGCCCUGCCCUCAGAGGGGGUUAAGGCAGCUGUCACCGGAGCAAGUUGUUCCAAGAGCAGACCUGAGCCCGGAGUUGCUCUCUGGCUUCCUGUUAGCUGGUGUGAGCCCUUGCUCCUGCACCUGUUCCUGGCAUGAUGCCAGCUGUCCUCACCAGAGGCCAAAUGGACGUGACUGCCCAGUCCUGGACGUCAGCCUCCAAAAUUUCCUCCCCGCCCUCUGACUAAUAUGAAUGACACCAUGGUUAGCCACACGUCCUCCGGAGUGCCCACGCCCACCAAGAGGUCACAGUGCAGCCAGGGUGUAGCCGGUGCCUUGGCCGAUGAGCAUGCGCUGAUAGCCUCCUAUGUGGCCCGUCUGCAGCACUGUGCACGCGUCCUGGACAGUCCUAGCCGACUGGACGAGGAGCACCGGCUGAUAGCGCGCUACGCUGCCCGGCUGGCUGCAGAGGCAGGAAACACGACUCGACCUCCCACGGACCUGAGCUUCAACUUUGAUGCCAACAAACAACAAAGACAGCUCAUCGCAGAACUGGAAAACAAGAACAGGGAGAUCCUGCAGGAGAUCCAGCGCCUGCGCCUGGAGCACGAGCAGGCGUCGCAGCCCACGCCUGAGAAGGCGCAGCAGAACCCCACGCUGCUGGCCGAGCUGCGGCUGCUGAGGCAGAGGAAAGACGAACUGGAGCAGAGGAUGUCAGCGCUGCAGGAGAGCCGGCGCGAGCUGAUGGUGCAGCUGGAGGGGCUGAUGAGGCUGCUGAAGGAGGAAGAGCAAAAGCAGGCAGCGCAGGCCGCGGGGUCCCCGCACACGUCACCCACUCACGGAGGUGGCCGCCCCAUGCCCAUGCCCGUCCGCUCCACAUCAGCCGGCUCCACGCCCACCCACUGCCCGCAGGACUCACUGAGCGGCGUCGGCGGAGACGUGCAGGAGGCGUUCGCACAAGGUACGAGGAGAAACCUGCGCAGUGACCUGCUGGUGGCUGCCGACUCCAUCACCAACACCAUGUCAUCCCUGGUGAAAGAGCUCCGAUCAGGGCUGGGGCUUCCACGGCGUCCAGGAAGCGAGUGGCCCCUUCCUGCGCGCCGUGCUCGCUCGCGCCAGGGCCCGCCUCGUCUCCGUUCACCCGUCGUGUGCUUCGGAGCACCCGGCAGUAGCUGCAGAAGGUUAUUCAGUAGAAACCUGGGCAGCUUUUUCACAGCCAUUCCAACACGUACACCUCGACUGAGACAGCCCUGGCAGAAGAAGAUGCAGACGAAGAAGACGACAAGAUGCAGAACGGCAAAGACAGAGGUUAGCAGAGCAGCGGGCACACAGAGAAGCCCGGCCCGCAGGACGAGGAGCACGCCGGCCCCGACACGACGAAGGCACGGGCGUCCGCCCGGAGGCGCAUUCCUGCCCGGCCCGCCGCCGCCGCCGCACACCUGCACCGGGCCUGCGGGCGCCGGGCGGAGCGCGGGGACGCGCGAGCCGGCGCGGGGCAGGGGCUCGCCCGGGCGCCGGAACUGGCCCCGGAGGUUGGAAAGAGAAAAAAGAAAAGGCACGGAGCGUUGUCGUGUGUGCUUGUGCGUGCGUGCGUGUGUGUCGGUUCUGACGGGGCGCCCCAGCGCGGGCGGGACCUCCGCGAACCCACGCCUCCCUCCGCCAGGGGGCGCUCGGGGGGGCGCCGUUCCCACGCAGCCGCUCCCCGCGGGCUUGCGCGCAGCUCGGGCACGUGACGCUCAGUCCAAUUCCUGGUGAUUUUCAUUUAUUUUUUUUCCCUCCUCCCCGGGUUCCAGGAUGUUAUUUUUAGUAGAAGAGCUGCUAUAAAUAUUUAUAAAGGGCAGCGGCUGGAAUGAAGUGAGAGGCCCCACGGCCGGCUCUGCGACCCCUGGUCUAAGGUCCGCGCAGCCCGUGGGGGUGGAGCACCCCGAAACCUGGAGGAGUGGCAGGGGCAGCAUUAGGUGUCCCCACCUGUCCCCUCCACCUGCCCCUUCUCCCACGCCCUCCCCCCACACACACAUCUUCACGGCUCUGAGAACUGGGCUCGAAUUGUGGGGGCAGGGGAGACCCUUGUCCUCCACCCCUGCCUGUCCCCACACGGAUCGGGCAGGCAGGCAGAGGAGGGAAAAAAAGUGGGCUUGUCCACGUUCAGCAGACCGGGGGGGGCGGAGGAGGGUGCGCCACCCGUGGAAGGUUCCAGGGGUGCUGGGUGGGAUUGGGGAUCAGGGUGCGACAGGUCUCAGCGGUGACCCGGCUCGGCCCCUGUGCCUUCCCCACGACCCUGGCCUCCCUGGCCCCUGAGGACAGCACAUCCCCACCAGGGCAGAGAAAGCUAAAGGCGCCGUCAGGCUGACAGCGCAGUGUCCCCUCGCCUCCGCGGGUGGGUGCCGGCCCGGGCGCGGGCUGUGCGGGGCGCGCCACCCGCGGCCUCUCUCAUUCCGCCUUCUGCAAAGAGCAGCGUUCCUCUCUUCUCGGUCCUGGCCGCCUGUUGGUGGGGAUGCGGUGGGCGCCCGCUGUAGCGUUGUUGACAGGUGAUUUCUUGUGGAGCUGCGGUAGCCGCUGUCGCCGUCUGCAGCCUGGCCUGGAGCGCGGAUGCUCUUCCUGCGCCGGGCACGUCCUCCUGGCUGGCUGCGGCCGUUUCGGAGUGUAGCCUCCACGGGUGACCUGACCCCCACACACUCUCCCCCGCCCCGCUGAGACCCUGCACGGGUACUGAUUGCAUCCCAGGUCGGGACGUAGCCGCAGCCCCCCUGAGCUCUGGCCUAUGGCUCCCAGCCCCCCUGAGCUCCUGGGCAGGUGCACAGCCCUCGCACCUGCUGGCUGGGCCUUUCAUCCCCUUGCAGACCCCUCUUCUGCCUUGCUCCGUGGUCCAUGACAGCUUCAGGAAGGUACCGUUGCUAUGGCAAUGCCAGCAGCCCUCUGAAUUCCUACUGCACCUUCGGAGGAAAAGGGCCCUGAAGAGGCAGUCGGCAGAUGCCGGUCCGCUGGGGCCUCAGCGCACCACCAGGGGUCAGGUGACCAGAGCAAGGCAAGACAGUAAAUACAGCAGCAAACCCCGUGCCUGGGCACCCCCAUGUGGGGACGAGGACGCGAAAGGUUUCCUACCUGCAGUUCUGCAUGGCUCUCAAGCCCACAUCACAGCCCCAGGAGGGCUCGUGAACUUCCGGGUGGCUUGGCUGUGCCUCGGGAGCUGCGGGUGCAGCCCGAGCACCUGCAGCUGUAGCCAGCUCCCAGAUGGCAGAGGUGCGGUUGGUCCGAGACCCCACAGUGGGAACCGCUGCAGUGUGCCGAGGAGGGAAGGAUCCUAGGUGCAGGAAGCCCUCGCCAGGCAGGUGGAGAUUGGCCAGAGCCAGUUGUCUGCACUGGAGGAAGACGAGAGAGGGCCUCGGGAGCCAGGGGCCCCGGGAAUGUCUGUGGGGCUGAUGACCCUCACACUGAGCUUCUGUUGGUCCCCACAGUCCAUGAUAAACACAGAUCUGAGACGUGGACAGGGGCCAGCCCUCAGGCAGGGCCCGUGAGAGAGUAGCAAGGCUGCCCAGAGGUAGGGUGUGUCCAGUACAGACCUGCAGUGGGGUGGGGGUGGGGGUGCCAGAGGCCGCCUGGCUCAGGCACUGACCCCUGCAGUUGUAGCUCCACACCGAGGUGCUGUCCCUAGGAUGCAUCUCCCACACUGCACAGCGUGGAGCCUCCCGGUGAGCUGCCACCUGCCGCCAUCUCUCAUGGGUGUUACGGGUCAAUGAGAGUAGACAGUUCCUAUGGAAACCAAGACCUGGUUAUGGGCCGGCACCGCGGCUCACUAAGCUAAUCCUCCGCCUUGAGGCGCCAGCACACCGGGUUCUAGUCCCGGUCGGGGCGCCGGAUUCUGUCCCGGUUGCCCCUCUUCCAGGCCAGCUCUCUGCUGUGGCCAGGGAGUGCAGUGGAGGAUGGCCCAGGUGCUUGGGCCCUGCACCCCAUGGGAGACCAGGAAAAGCACCUGGCUCCUGCCAUCGGAUCAGCGCGGUGUGCCGGCCGCAGCACACCGGCCGCGGCGGCCAUUGGAGGGUGAACCAACGGCAAAGGAAGACCUUUCUCUCUGUCUCUCUCUCUCUCUCACUGUCCACUCUGCCUGUCAAAAAAAUAAUCAUAAUAAAAGACCCGGUUAUGAGCA